GGUGAAACAACAUGGCGAACGGACUUGCUACCUGCCGGCGAAUUCUUACAGACAAAUUUCCGGCAAUCGACGACGAACUUUUUAAAUAUGUGACAGGUAUUUACUUUACUGAUCUUUUCUGCCGAGUCAUCAUUUGGUAGAAGUACUGACUGUUGGGAUAGAGGGCAACAAUUGCGUGUUCACUUUGUUUUAAUUUAGUGAAAUAGAACGUGUGAUCGAAGGAUUUCUCAUUUAAUCGUUCUGGUAUGUUUAUAUAUGCGUAACUGGUUUUAGAUCGAGGAUAACUUUAUUACCUGAAAAAUUAUUUGUAAGUGGUUAUUACAUGAAGGCUUUCAAGUUACUUAGCUUUUCUAAUGUCAAGCGGUCAAACUCGUACCUACAAAUGAUCCUGAGAGUUAUUUACACACCGGACACUUUGUCAGAGGGAAAUUUGGCCAUUCAUGGAUCAAAAUAAGUUAACUUUCACCGAUUGUUAAAUAGAUAUUCUCGAAAGUGGAGUGGAUGAUUUUGAGAGUGGCGAGGAUAUUUAUGAUGCCGUUGGAAGUAUAUUGGCUGAGGUGGCUGGCGAUGAAGGAGAAGAUGAAAUAAUUGACUUGUGUAAUCAGCUGUUAAGCACAUUGAAAGGGUAUGUACUUUAAUAUGUUUCUUUCUUUUAGUUAUUUUGAAUUAUUAUUUCAGACCAAUGCUGUAACCAUUAGUUGUCAAAUUAAUUUUACUGAAAUAGUAUUAAAUUUUAUCAGCAUCACCUCCACUAAAUAGCAGAAAGUCUCAGUACCUUAUAUAUUUACAUUCGUAUUAAUUUUUCUUCACUUUUUGUAGUGAUGGUUGCAGUGGUACUGACACAGAUCAAAAUGCCCAUAAGUUACUCCAUGCUCCUGUUAAUCUGCAAGAAAUGGCAAAAAAAUUGGGUUAGUGUUCUGGUGUGGUAAACAAGAACUGGCAUAAACUAUCAAAAAUAUACACAUAACUGCGAGACUCCUAUGACCAUGAAUUGCAUACCAUGUAUACAAUCACUGGUUGAUGUUAUGAAUAAUUCAUGUGAUCAACAAACUUUUUAACUGAUAGGAAUAUGGUUUUAUUGUGAAAUGCAUUUCUCUUUGUUCUUUUCAAAUUAAUAUUUAGAAACACAGAGAGAUGAUGAUGCAUCAAGUAUUUGGAUUGUUAAAAGGGAAAACAACACAGUAAGUACAGUGAACAUACACUGCUACACAAAGAAACAUAUACUGGUAGCCCUACACUGCAUUCAUGGCCCCACACAGCCCUUAAAAGUAGGAAGACUGACAAGCUGCCUUACCAGGACCCCAGCUGUUUUACUCUAUGAGAAAGCUGUUUUUGUUGUUAACUUAGGUUGUGGAUCAGAAGAAACUGCAAAAGGCUGAAGCAAAGUUAAAAGCAAAACAGGAGAAACGUGCACAAGAAGAUGAACCUAUCAAUGAAAUUAGAGGAAGGUAAGAUUUUCCUCCCUUACAUGUAGAAAAAUUGUACAACAUCUACACUGUGCAUUAGAACUUGGAAAAACCCUGCUCAAAGGAAGUUUGUGCCAUGCAUAUUUUGUUAUGGUUAUAGGAGAAAGUUUGAAUUUAUCCUGAAAUCACAUCAGAUUCCUAACUCAUGCAUACAAGUUUUGAUGUACCGGUAAUCUGUAUUUAGUCCAUGUUGUACAUGUAUUUAAUGAAAGCAAAAUAAUCAACAGGAUGAGAUAUGGAAACUAAUUUUGAUUUACAGCACGGUUACAAGAAUUUAAAUGCUAAUAGAAAGAGAAAGAUCAGUUGAAGUUAAAUACGUUUUUUUUGUCUGUAGACAAAUAGACAAUGCAUCAGCUAGCCAGAGUUCAAACAAAAGGGAAAACAAAUUAGAAGCCAGUGGUAAUAAUAAAAGUCGUGAUAUCAGAAUAGAGAACUUUGAUCUUUCCUAUGCUGAAAGGUAAGUGGUAAAUAAUUGCUAAUUACUAAGCAAUUUAUUUUAGUACACAGUUACUCUUUUUUGUCUGUACUAAUAUCCUUUCAUGUUGGGGCAAGGGUUUGGUUGGUAGGAGUGAGGGCACAGGGUAGGGAACACCACUUGCUAGAUCUUAAAUUGUUGCUUAGUUAUGUGUAAUAGUUGCUGCUGACAUUGACAAUCAUGUUACUGGUAGCUUCAGAACUAAUUUUUGUAACUAUUCUCACAGUGUUUGUUUAUUUGUGUUAUUAAAUAAUGUGUUCUAGAUAUUUUCGGAUAUUUGAACUGCCAAUCAAAAAAAUCUCAAUGAGAGAGAUCAUUGCAUUUAUGUUAUAUAAAAAAAACUAGAGUGUGCAGCUGUAAAAAGAAAGCCUGAAAUGAAAAUUGUCAUUGUUGGGAUGCUAUUGCUGUAAUAAAGACCCCCUUUAACUAUUAGCAAAACCUUUCUCAUUUGCAAGGUUGGUUUAUUUAAUACCUACUAGAUAUAUAGCUCAUUCUUAGCUCAUUCUUUGAAAAUCCUUAGGGUGUUACUGAAAGAGGCAGAUUUGUCCCUAAUUUUUGGCAGGAGAUAUGGUUUGGUGGGUAGGAAUGGAAUUGGAAAAACAACACUGAUUACAAUGCUCUCUAGGUACAUUUUAUAAUUAUUUAUAUGCUUAUGAGAAGUUUGUUGAUAUGAUCCAUUAGGAAUGGUUUUUCUUACAUUAGGGAGACUAUGAUUGUUUAGAGAUGCACUUAAACUUAUAGAUAGCACAACCCAUAUUAAGAAGAUACCUUGCACUAAGUGAUCACAGGGUCAUGUCACAGUUUUCCUCUCAAUUAACCUGUAUUAAGCCUACACCUCAAUCAAGGCCUUUGCCAUAGGAAACCCAUUUUUUAAUUAGUUAAUAAGAAAUUAGAAGUUUACUUCUUCAUUGCUUAACUUUUUAGAUUACAUUAAUUUCCAUUAUUAACUUUAAUUGCCUAGAAAUUCUCAUUCUGUGAUUAAGUUUCUUUCCAAUCAAUUUGCAAUUAUAACAGAUUUGUAUGGUUUUUGAUUAGUCACAUGUUCUUUUUGAUUUGGAAGUUAAAAGUAAACUAUUGUGCUCUUUAGAAACUGAACCUUUAUUUCAUGAUUUUAAAUGGACACUAGCAAUAGUUUUUUGGGUUUCUGCAGAGACUGUAUGUUGGUAUCAAAACUAAAUGAUUACAGCUAACAUUGUUGAUGUCUUUUUGCGCACAGGCGUGAGUUGUUUGUUCCCUCUCACAUUUCUAUUUUGUGUGUACAACAAGAGGUUAGUAAGACUUUUGAAUGAGUUCAGUUAUUCAAAUGAACCAACUGCAUUAUGAAAAUUAGUUUUUUUCUAAAGGAUUUGAAGUUUGUAACUAUUAAACUACAGGUAAAAGGUGAUGAAACACAAGUUCUACAGAGUGUUUUGGAGUGUGAUACAGAAAGAGAAAACCUGUUACAGGAAGAGAGGAAACUUCUUGCACUGUCAGGGUAUGGAAGGCACAAAUUGUUUUGAUUGAUUUCAAAAUGCUUUUGACCAACACAUUUAUUGUUGCAUUUCUUUGCAGUCCGAAGUCUGACACAUCUGACAGCACUAGUAGCCGAUUAGCACAGGUACUCACAUUUUGAUAUGUGUAUGUUGUAUAAUAUACAGCAGGUAUCUUGUAUAAUUUUCUUUUUUCUGGUGUGUAGCUAAUGAUCAGUUACAAAGUUACAAAUUAAAAGUUUAUUUGAUUUUCUACCCUGAAGUUGAGUGGAAAUUGGGAGAAUUGUUGCCAAGUUGUUGCAUUCAAAUUUACCAUGGACCAAUAGAGAACCAAGAGGUUGAAAGUAAUUAUCAAGUGCAAUAAAUUCCCUCAUUGAGUUUGAUUACACAAAGUUUCAUAUCAUGAAGAGCAUAUCAUAUAUCUAUUUAUAAUACCAGUAUAUCACUUUAUUUUUUUUUCUGUAGGUUUAUGCAAGGAUGCAGGAAAUAGAGGCAGACAAGGCUCCUGCAAGGUCAGUAUUUAAAUGUUUUUAAUAUGCAGUGUAAAGCUUGAGGAAAAGUCUUCACCUUUCCCUUUCUUGUUGUGACCAAAGAAAAUUUUCUCUUAGCUCCUUGGUUCUAAACAUUUCCACUUUGUUGGUGACCCUUUGGUCUGUGAUACUAUGCACAUCUUGGUAACUCAACUUUAAUACUAAUUGAUUGCACUUACAGAGCUUCAUCAAUACUGGCCGGACUGGGUUUUUCAACAAAAAUGCAGAAUCAGCAAACGAAGUACAGUAUACACAACAUCAUUCUACUCUACUUUUAAUAAAAUGAUUAUGCAUUUGCUUUAGCAUUAGGCUGAAUUCAUGGCUGAGUAAUUAAUGCUCAGAAUUAGUUCUGUGUACAGUAUUUUAGGACUACAAGUAGCCAACAGAGAAAUCAGAGAUUUUUGAAUAAUAAUCAACUGAACAGCACAGCUGAUGGAGAGUGAAUGCUCGCUCAAUUGUGUUUACAUAAUGAAAAGUUUUCAUUUGUUUUAGAGAACUGUCAGGUGGUUGGAGAAUGAGGCUUGCUCUUGCCAGAACACUAUUUAGUAGGUAAGAAAAUUACUCAAUUUUUAUUUUAAACUCUCUCUCCAACUUAAUUUUAUGACAAUGACUCUAUAGCUCAAUGUAUUAUAGUUCUGUGCUCAAGAUAUUAGUGACAGCUCAAGAAUGAAACUUUUUCAUCAAAAACUCGUUAAAAUAAAAUAAGGAGAAACUGUUUAGAAUUAAAAUUUGUCAUAAAGCCAAAGAUUUCUAAAAGGUUUAACUUAGGUUAGUUUCAUUCAACUAUGCAGCUCUUCAGUCAAACCAACUCUUGACUUAACUUACCAGAAAAUCAUAUUUUAGAAUUGUAAACGAGUUCAGUCCAAUAUGAUGUGUUUUUCUCAGAUGAAAACAGUCAUGAGUCCCUGGGCAGUAAGCAUAUGUUUAUGUUUGUUGUCAUGGCUUCAUUUGAUAUAUGUGCCAUUUGUUUGCAGGCCAGAUCUGUUACUCCUUGACGGUAAGAAUUUCAUUGUUACAUGGGUAAAGAGUUUAAUUUUUGCUUAUGUCAAAGAAUCCAUGUUUUGCCCUCACAAAAUGCAAUGUUGCAAUCCUCAUAAUUCCCUUCAACGUCCUUUAAGGAGCGUUUUAGUUUAAAUUUGUAGAUUGUUAUUUGUUUUGCGAAACACCUUGGGAAAGGCUAAGUCAGGAGAGUUACAAAAACCAAAACCAAAAAUGUGCGUAAAUGCGUGUGACGGUAUGCAUUUUUCAGCACGUGUUUAAUGAAAAAUACUGCUUUUGUUUGGUGUUUGCAUAAGUGUUCUAUUAUUUGACCUAUACGUUAAGUAUGGUCCAUAAAAACGAACAAGCAACUUCUCACUCGACUCCAGUCUGAUGAGGACUUCUCUUAACCUUUUCUAAACGGUCGCUGAUAUCGCCAAAAAUAGCUCUUUUUAGGGCUGCUUUGACAGAUGUGGUUUUGUUUUUCAGUGUUGCUACUUGUUAUGGAUGAACAACUGCCUUGUUGAGAAGAAGUAGUUAAUAACUAUUUAUAUUAUCUGCUAUGGCUACUUUUCUAUUUUUUUUAACUUUGUGUAGAACCUACGAAUAUGUUGGAUUUAAAGGCCGUUUUAUGGCUGGAAAAAUACCUUCUGGUAAGAAGAAAACCCUUCAUUUGUAACUUUACAGGGUGUAAGACAGUGUAAUUAAUUAGAAGCUGCAUUCAAGGGACAUAGACUUUGGCCCCGAAUGAUUAGAAGUGGAACUCUUAUCUUUAAAUUGCUUUAUACUUAUAUCUGGUUCCAAAGUUUCACUCAGGGUGCUUCUCUAUUUCUGAGACAUCAGGGUACUCUUUUCGAAGUCUAACAAGUUCCCUUGCAGUGGAUGGUCUGCGGUAUGAUACUCUUACAAAUACACGAAUCCCAAGACCAAUAUAACACGUGACUGUAUUUUGUCGGUAGAACUGGCCAUGCACUCUCCUUGUGGUAUCCCAUGACCGUACUUUCCUUGACGCUGUCGUUACCGACAUAAUUCACAUGCAUUCCCAGAGACUGGAGUCGUACAGAGGAAACUAUGAGGUAUACAACAUUUUUCUCUAUCUGCGAGUUUAUGCCUUGUUUUCGUUUGUUUGUUUGUUUGCCACGGUGCAAACUAUGUAGACGGUGCAAUAUUAAAUUUAAUGGUUAUACUUUCUCCACCAUUAUCACUCAGCAGCACUCACUCAGUGCUUCGAUAAGAAAAAAAAAUUAUAUAAGAAAAAAUAAAUUAUAUUUGUCGUACAUGCGAGCUCAUCAUUUUUUCUUUGUUAAAUUUCUCAGAAUUUUGUCAAAACCAUGACUGAAAAACUAACCAAUCAGCAGCGAGAAUACGAAGCACAGCAAAUGCACAGACAACAUCUUCAGGUUAGUUAAAGAACAGCUUUUACGUCGUUUUGGCUUGAUAUACCAGGAGGGCACAUAGAAUCUUUGAAAAAGGACCUUAUGUGGCUGGUAAAACGUGUUUGGAGACCUUCUAAAGCUAAUACGAUUGGAACACUGUUCACUUUACCUCAAGGAUCAGGCCAUUAUAGGGCUGUUUUAGGCGUCCAGUCAGUAGAGAUGAGGUGCAAAGUAGGGCGGGCAGUAAGUUAGGACCCUUUGUCGUCUCCGCCAGCAACUGAUGCUUGAUCUUUUCUGGAUUUUUUUUUCCAGGCCUUUGUUGACAGAUGGAGAUAUAACGCUAAAAGAGCAUCUCUCGCACAGAGCAGACUGAAGGCUCUGGAGAAGCUGUAAGUCCAGUGAUCAAGCUCUUUUAUAAGUUUUUUUUGAGUUGUGACUGCAAAGUCUGAUUACGUUUCUAUUAGGUACAACGAGCUUCCAGUAAGGCACAGGUUAGAUGAUGCUCGAAAACACGUCGAGUGUCUAAUUCGACUGGUACUUUUGUUUAAGAGGUCAUAUUAUAGUAACUGUUGCUAUUUAUUUAUGUCCUUUUAGACCUGAUCUGCAACCAGUUGUAGUCGACCCACCCGUGGUACUCAAGUAAGUCCAAAAAUUACUGUUAGCUUACAGUAAGCUUAUUUUUUUCUUUUUCCAAGCGAAUGCCUUGUGGUCUCUGAUUCAUGGCUUCUACUUGAUCGGCAUUUUUUCAAAACCAAUUUUUUUGAGACCAACGUUAAGGAACAUACUGAUAGGCUUUUUUUGAUAUUAGGUUUUUCAGUUGUUUUGAUGCAUUACGUUUUUGCUUCAGAUUUCCCGAGUGUGAAAAACUCUCCCCUCCGCUACUGCAACUGGAUGAGGUAUCGUUAAGCUGUCUGUUUUCCAUCAAUACAAUAUAAUCGUUGUUUUCGAUAUGUUGUCUACACUACAGAUAAGGUGUAUUUUUAUGUUGUUCAUACCUUAUAUUGCGUGCUGUGUUGCGAUGUGGUUGCUGUAGGAGAGAGGGAACCCUUAGUGCUAUUAGGGAGAAACUCGCAUCUUGUACUGGAAAUCAUCCUAAGAGUGCCAAAAGUCUUGAAUUGUCCACAUCAAAAUUCAGACCUUCUGUAGAGUUAGACUUUCUCCUUGAUUUCGCUAUAUUUUUUUUGACCGCUCUCUAUAAAAUCAAGUCUUAUUAGAAAAAAAAAGCGUGGCAAAAAAAAACAUUCUCCAGCCCCAGUGAUCAUUUAAUCUUUUUCUUGUUACCGUCUCAUUAUGUAAUCAGCUUGAAGCGUAAUGAGAAAUUUCACUGUUUCGUUUCCCUCAGGUGACUUUCUAUUACGAAAAAGGAAAAGUGGUUCUCAAUAAAGUGAGCCUUUCUGCAAAUCAAGAGUCGAGAAUAGCUUUGGUAAGUUGACCCUUCCUGAAUCACAUAGACACUUUGCUGGAGCAUUUAACAAGCUAUUUUCUACUAGAAUUUCCAAGAGCAUCCUACGCCGCUUGCUUCUCGUUAACUAGAAGAGAACCAAUAUUCUGACCAACUUAUCAUCUAGUUUCCUUGAGAUAAAAACUGCGCUAUGUAGACUGACUCUUUUUUUUCAAUUCCACUGCUUCUUCCAUUAUCAUGCAGGUCGGUGAAAAUGGCCAAGGGAAAACGACGUUUUUGAAAUUACUACGAGGAGACCUGGAGCCAGUGUCUGGACUCAAAUUUGCUCACAGGUGAAGAUGUGAUCUAACGUCGCGUUUUUCUUUUUAUAGUUUUCUGGGGUAGAAAAAACUUCAAUUUAAGGGGAACGUCAAAAUAAUUGAUUUAAUUCGUUAGAUUAACAAUGAAUGGAAAAGAAUAAAACAAAGGAGGGAGGAUGGAGAACUGCUAAUGACAGUCUAAAAUAUUUAGUGAAGAUUAAUUUUUUAAAAUUAACGAACGUGUUGUUUGAAGUCAUAACUAGCGUGCCGCUCGGUAAAAUAACACUUAUUUUAUUUGAGAACAAAGAGAUUUUUUAAGGGUAAGAAUGGCAUGUUAUUUCGGAGGACUGUCAAGGUAUUUUGUAAAAGAGUUGCUAGAAAUAUCUCCGGAAAGUUCUUAGUUCAAAACUUCGUCCCCCGUGAUUUAAAAGUUUCACUGGAACAUAAAAACAUUUAUGUUUUGGAACGGAUCCUGACUGUUGGGUAUUUUUGUUUCAUAGGAAUUUAAAGAUUGGUUAUUUCAGUCAACAUCACGUUGAUCAACUUGGUUCAGAACUUACUCCACUGGCUUUGCUUGCCUCUAAAUUUCCAGGUACAGAAGAAAAUAGGAGUUAACCUGUACUUUCAUUUUUUCAUUUCAUCGUGUUGUCCGAUCAUCCGUGUGAGAGAAGCCCUGACAAGGACUGUUGUCGGUAGUAGUGACUGACUUUUCCUCAACUAUAGUGGAAGUCGUCAUCAGAGUUGAGCGACGAGUAGUGGUCAGUCGAGUGUACUUAGUCCAGUUCGUGUAAACUUAUUUGUCAGGGUUUUCCGUUAUGUUAUUGGCUUAAGUCGGUCAUGAUAAGUCAGUGUUGAUCCGUCUAAAUUGUUGGGUCGUUCUGUUGGGUUUGUUCGUUGUGAAAAGGUCACGAAUAAGUCGAAUGUACUGGAUUACAUCACAGGUCAGCAUGAGGAAGAGUACCGCCGUCAGCUGGGUCGAUAUGGAGUCAUUGGUGACUUGGCUAUCAGACCUGUGAGGAGUUUAUCAGGUGGUCAGAAGAGCAGGGUAGUCAUGGCUCUUAUGAGUAUGAUAAGGUACGCAUGUCCUUAAGAUAUGGUCAGGGCAGAUAUGUGGUGAAGCAUAAUGUGUGACCUUUGUUUCUGUAAACUGUGCACAGAGUAGGCGAGUGCGUACGUCCAUAAUGAGCAUUACAACGGUAUACUAAAGCUCGUUGUUUACCCAACUGAUGUCGAGGUAUAGGCAAAUAUUACAAGGUUAGAUUAAAGCUAGUUGCUUACCCAACUGAUGUUGAGGGAUAGGCAAAUAUUACAAGGCUAGAUUUAAGCUAGUUGUUUACCCGACUGAUGUUGAGAGAUAGGAAAAUAAAAUAAAUAUAACAAGGUUAGAUUAAAGCUAGUUGUUUACCCAACUGAUGUCGAGGGAUAGGCAAAUGAGUACAGUUGUGCUUCCUAAAUGAUCAGGAAAUGAGUAAACGAUUCCAAUACUACUGAAUUAUCUAGACAAAGACCUUAGUUCUGUGGUAACCCCUUUGGGGGUCAAAAUAGUAGAAUAUGAUAUAUUUGGAUCGAGGUAUAUCAUUUUCUAUGUAAAGGGGGUAAGUUUCUAAACAAACUGUGGUGCUGCGUCGGCGGGAGAGUAUAACAAGGAGCGAAACGAAGGGCUAACGCUCGAAACGUUAGCUUUGGAACUUAACGGUUUCCAAUUUACAUUAUCAACUCAGGUGAUGAUACCAAAUUAACUUAUCAGUUGUUGUAGUAUUUCAAAGAACUGUUUAGAUAACUUUUGAAACCGAAGUAUAUACAUAUAGGUUAUCGUUCACCAUUGAAAGGUACAGCUUUUCAUGUUGUUUGUUCUCCACGCAAAGCUCAGGGGAUUGUGUUACGAUGACCGAAUGAAGGCUACGCUGCAUAAUACUGUUUCUUGAAACCUGUUAAAUGAUCCUCUCCCGAGUCUUCAUUUUAGUGUUGUUCUUUUGAUUUACAGACCACACUUUCUCAUUCUGGACGAACCCACAAAUCACUUAGAUGUGGAGACUAUAGAGGCUCUUGGAGUUGCUCUGAACAAUUAUAUGGUACCUUUCUCUUUUUUUUUUUUUUCUCACAGUUGUCUGUUCAUGUAAUCGUUGUCGUUAAGCUUGUAACCUUUCAAACUCUUUCAUGUUGGGAUUUCUUUAUUAGUGAAAGUCAUAAACAUUCCUUUUUGAAAGCCUCAGUACUACUCUAACAAGUUUUUGCGCUUGUUGUUGCCAAAUUUAUAAACACAUUUUCACCUCUUUGCAGGGCGGGGUAAUAAUGGUUACCCAUGACGAGAGACUUGUUAGAAAUGUAUGUAAAGAAGUCUGGUUAUGCUCCAAUGGCUCUAUCAUUAGACAAGAUGGUGGAUUCGACCAGUACAGAAAACUACUUGAAGAUCAAAUUCGAGAUUUAUGACCAAAUGAUUAGGAAUGAAAAUGAUCAACAAUUAAGAAAGACACUAUCCAUAUUCUGCUAAAUAACUACUAAGUAAUAUUAAUAACAGUGCUCUGGUGAUUAUUAAUCUGGCUUAGCUUCACCUUACCACACGUUCAACGCUUAAGCCCAAAUUCUAAAAUGUUAAAUAUACGAAAUCGCAGGCGCAUCACGCGAGUUUUAGGCAAAAAGAUUGGCCCUGGAAUAAGAACCUCGAAGUACAAGGGUCACAUAAGGCCAAUAAUUUCGACCAAACAGGAAAACCAACGAAACGAUAAGAGGCAAAGUAAAGCUAACUCUGAGGUGUACCUUCCAAAGUAGUAGUGUUAUUGGAAAUAAUAAUAAUUACGAUAAUAAUAACAAUAACAAUAAAUGCACCAGCUGUGGAAAAGUCCAGUAUUUAGAACCGUCCGUGUGUCUUAAUUUGUUGUGUAAAAUCCCUCCGUAAAUCGACUAUGCACGUCCUUCGUGUUUGUUUCUGUAACAUAUUUUGUAUAAUACGAGUUCUGAAUCUUUAAUACCACUGCCGCUCAAAUUGUGCUGCUGAUGAUUGGAGAAAUUUGUGCAUUAGGAUCCAGAGGGAUCAACUGGGCAGUUUUUCUGUGCGGCAGUCGUGAGCAUACUUUUCCUUUUAACAGCUGACAUGUAGUAGGAAAUGUGUUUCGUAUGUGUUUGCUCUCGCCCCACCCCUCCCCCAUCACUUUUCUGAUGGCUUAUGCCGAAGUAGUGAAAAUAUACAAUUAGACUGGUAUAGCAAGGUAGAGGAAAUUCAAAAUUUCAAAUCACGAGAUUUUAAUGUUAAAAUGAUUUGUAACGCACAGGCAUAUAAUAAAUCUUAAACGAUAAUAACGCAACUAAUAUGCGGAUUUCGACACUGCAAUUUGAUGUGCACGUUAAAGAAGACAUCGCAACCGACAAGACAGGA